AUGGCUGCGCGCGUCGUCUCUCGCAUCUGGUCGCACGGAGCGGCGGAUCGAGCCGUUACAUGGCCGUUCGCGGCGUUCGCAAACGGCUUUCCGAUUUCGCGAGUCGUUACAUCUCCCGCGUCCUCGACAUGCCCCGUAAGGGAUUUCUCUUCAGCCUCCCCCCGCUCUUCAGAAUCUCCCACUGAAACAGCUGCAUCCCGUGGCCCCUUAGAGGACCUAGCCCAGCGGCAGCGGGACUACCAAGCCCAGGUGUCCUCCCUUCGCAAGGCAUACGCGCAGGAGCAGCAGGAGCUGAGGCGGGCGGCUCUGAAGGCGCAGCAGAUGCGCAGAGAGGCGGCGGCGAGUGAGAAGGAGUCGCACGCGGAGGAGAAGCUGGUGGCAAGGGCCGCCCGGGCGGCGCGGGCAAGGGAGGAGCAGGAGAGUCUGCGAGCAGCUAAGGUGGGUCGGAUGGGGGUCGUGCUUGCUGGCUUUGUGUGUUGUGGUGUGGUGAGGCCUAGGGAGGAGCAGCAGAUGCGCAGAGAGGCGGCGGCGAGUGAGAAGGAGUCGCACGCGGAGGAGAAGCGGGCGGCGAGGGCCGCCUGGGCGGCGCGGGUGAGGGAGGAGCAGGAGAGUCUGCGGGCGGCUAAGGUGGGUGGCAUGGGUGGGAUGGAAGAAAAGGAUGGGGAAGGGGGGUAG